AAUGACGGUGUCGCCAUGCACAGCGGGCGCGGAGGAGGCGUCAAUGGGCGUGCGCUGGUGCAGCUGUUGCUGUUGCUGUUUCUGCUGCGGCUGCGGCUGCGGCUGCUCGUGCUGCUGCAAAAGGCAGAGCUGUGUCGCCACGGCAAGCUUCCAGCAAAUUGCUGUGCGCUCCAAUCAGACGGCGUCGAGCUGGAGAGCGACUCAUCAUCGGCACGAGGCUUCGCAGAAGCUCGAGUCCCGUGCACUGCCAUAGCUUCAAGCCCGUGGAUGCCACUGGACCAGCCCGCCCCCGGCGCCUGGUCGUCUGCACUACAAGACCGGCUACGGCGCAACAAACGUGAAGAGAUUUUUGCUCCCGCUGCUGCACCCUCGAGCUAG